UCUGUCUACUUUGCCGUUGAAAACCCGAAACCUCUCUCUCUUUCCAUCUUCGUUUACUUUUCAAGUUCCAUUUUUUGUUUCAUUUAUUCGUCGUCACCCUUAGAAUAACUGGCCGACCGACGACCGACUGACUAAACGAGGAGGAAUCUAGAAUUACGCGUCUCCCAUUUGUUCUAAUCUAAUUGGAAUUUCAACUUAUUCACUGACCCAGAAGUUAAAGACCGUGAAUUUGACUUGGGUUGGAAUCAGAUUUCUCUUAGCGGUGUUCUGAUUUUUUAUGCAAUGUUGUUAGAUCUCAGUCGAGAAAGAAGAUUUGCGUUAUUGGGUUUGUUAAUGCUUGUAUUGCAAGUGAUUAUAGGCCGUUUCAGCUUUGUUUCGGCUAAUUUGGUUCUUAAAGUUCAGCAUAGAUUUUCAGGAAAAGGGAAGUCUUUGGGUGAUUAUUGGGCUCAUGAUGUUCGCCGUCAUGGAAGGAUUCUCGCUGUUGAUAUUCCUUUAGGUGGCGAUGGAAAUCCUACAGAUACUGCGCUAUACUACACUAAAAUUGGCCUUGGGACUCCUCCUACUGACUAUUACGUGCAAGUAGACACUGGAAGUGACAUUCUUUGGGUGAAUUGCAUUGGCUGUGACAAAUGUCCGAGGAAAAGCGACCUUGGUAUAGAGCUUAGACUAUACGAUCCACAAGCUUCAUCAACUGGAAAGGAGGUUACUUGUGACCAAGAUUUCUGCAGUACUGCAAAUGAUGAUCAGACUAGUUGUAAGGCUGGUACCAUUUGUCCUUAUAGUGUUAGUUAUGGUGACGGGAGUUCAACUUCUGGAUACUAUGUUAGAGAUAAUGUACAAUUGGAUCGAGCCUCUGGAGACCUUAGCACCACUCCUAUGAGUGGCACCAUUGCGUUUGGGUGUGGAAAUAGGCAAUCUGGGCAGCUUGGUUCAUCUUCUGAAGCACUAGAUGGGAUCAUUGGUUUCGGACAAGCAAAUUCUUCUAUGCUAUCCCAGCUGGCAUCAACUGGGAAGGUGAAAAAGAGUUUUGCACAUUGUUUGGAUGGUAAUAACGGAGGUGGAAUAUUUGCUAUUGGAGAAGUUGUGCAACCAAAGUUGAACACAGUUCCAUUGAUCCCAAAUCAGCCACAUUACAAUGUUAAUUUGAAGUCAAUUGAAGUGGGCGACUCUGUUCUUUCACUCCCUUCAAGUUUCGGUAGUAAUUCAGAGAGAGGGGCGAUAAUUGACAGUGGUACAACACUUGCAUAUCUUCCCGAUUCAGUCUAUAAUCCAUUAAUGGAUAAGAUAACGUCUUCACAACCUGAUCUGAAAUUGCGUACAAUUGAGCAGCAGUUCACUUGCUUUAAAUUUAGUGAAGAUGUUGACUCUGGAUUUCCAGCGGUCAAAUUCAAUUUUGAAAAUUCACUUUCAAUGACUAUUUACCCUCGUGAAUACCUGUUCAAAAUUCGUGAUGAUGUUUGGUGCUUUGGAUGGAUGAGUAGUGGCACACAGACAAGAGAUGGGAAAGACUUGAUACUCUUGGGAGAUAUGGUUCUGUCAAAUAAGCUUGUCUUGUAUGAUCUUGAGAAUCAGGCACUCGGAUGGACUGAGUAUAAUUGUUCUUCGAGCAUUAAGGUUAAGGAUGAGGCAACAGGUGCUGUUUAUGAAGUUGGCUACCAUCGACUUUCUUUGGCAUAUAUUUCAGCUCCCGGAUGGCUAAUAACGUUGUGGACAUUGUCAUUUUCUCUCAUCUACAUUGGUUUCACGAAAUGAUACAAACAACAACAUAAUCGAUUUAUACCACAGUUAUGUCAAAAGAUGAGAUAUGAUUCAUUGAUGAUCUAUCAUUUAUUUAUUUUGUUAUGUAUGUAUUGUCAUUGAAUAACCCACACAAUUUUAAUGUACUAAGUUUUAAAUGUAUAAAUAUAUGUGUUAUCUUAUUAGAUUG